GCCUGCGCGUGGGGCGGGACUCGGCGGCAGGGUCUUACGGCCCGCGGUGUGGCCGGCGCUGCUUCGGGAGCGGGGCGGGGCGGGGGCCCGCUCAUGGCCGCCGCCGUCGUCAUGGAGACCUCGGACGACGCCGGCAACCGGCUUCGCUUUCAGCUGGAGCUGGAGUUCGUGCAGUGCCUGGCCAACCCCAACUACCUGAACUUCCUUGCCCAAAGAGGGUACUUCAAGGACAAGGCCUUUGUCAAUUAUCUGAAAUACCUGCUUUACUGGAAAGAGCCAGACUACGCCAAGUACCUGAAGUAUCCCCAGUGCCUGCACAUGUUGGAGCUGCUGCAGUAUGAACAUUUCCGUAAGGAGCUGGUGAAUGCCCAGUGUGCCAAGUUCAUUGACGAGCAGCAGAUCCUGCACUGGCAGCAUUAUUCCCGAAAGCGGAUGCGGUUGCAGCAGGCCCUGGCAGAGCAGCAGCAGCAGCAGCCUCAGCAGCACAGCAGCAGCAGCAGUGCAUCCUCAGCGGGAAAGUGAAGGAAGGGAGGGAGGGAGGGGAACCACUAAAGGCGUUUCUCCGAACCACCUUCUUUGUUCUAAUUCCCAAAGUAAAGUUCUUUGUCAGAAGAGGCCGUUGGAUAAGCCUGAGUGUCUAACCUGAGUAGGCCUGUUGGCCUUGCCAGGGGAGAAGUCCAAGGAUCCCAGCGCUCCUAGGGCCACAUUCAUGUGGGCACAAAGGUGAAAACCUUGCCCAAGUUCCCCUGGGUCUGGAGAGGGCCCUAAAAGGUGCUAAGGGGCCCACAGAAAGCUGAGAGGGGUGCUUGGCCCAUACCCUGGGUCUCUGUUCACCACUUCCUUAGUAAUAAAGAGAACCCCUUCCACCAUUUA